AUGCGCGGAGCAGAUGCGCGCGCGACGAUCGACGGGCGGGAGGAGCGGGAGGAGCGGGGGGCACUGGAGGAGCGGCACUUCUCGCGGGGUGUGCGGAAACGAGAGGCGGAGCGGCUGGGGUUGAAGGCGGGAGAGAAGUCCGAGAGUGUUCUGGACUCGCCAGGUAGCAGCGCGCGCCGGCAGGAAAAGGCGCAUAUGGCGGGCGAUGGGGACGGCGGCAAGCGGCGGAACGGGAGAGUGAACGCGGAGGCGAAUGGCGGAAUACUGGGGAGUGCGUGGAAGAAGGCGCGGAGAGGUGCAGCGAGCACACAGCUGUCGGAAGCCCAGGGGGAAAGCGGAAGAGAGGCGGCGGGGGCGAGCGGAGCGGGUGCAGGUAGAGCUGAAGGCAGUGCGGGUAAGAUGGCGGAGGGGGGCGCAGAGGGCGCCCGAAGAACGAGGGACGCGGAGGGGGAGGCGGAGGGAGGGCGAUUAGUGAAAACGGUGGGCUUUCAUGGAGGAAAGGUGGCGCGGAGAGAAGUUGCGCGCGUGGCGGCUAUUGGUGGCAGUGGUGCUGCUGGUCCAGGCGCGGGAGGAGGAGGAAGAGGGAGGAGGGGAGGGGUAUCUGGUGGGCGGUUGGUGCGGUUUGCAGAGGAGAGGGCGGAAAGGGGUGAGGGAAGGAGCGAUCACGCAGAGGAGAGUGAAAGGGCAGCAUGGGGCGUGCUGGGGAGCGUGUCUGAGAUGAUUGCAUGCCUGCAUGCCGCCAUGCACAUGCGCGUUCCUAUCACAUCCCUCCCAUGCCUGCAUGUGCACUCCUUGGGUGCACCACCCACGCCACCCACACCACCCUCGCCUCCUUCACCUCUCGCACCACCUCUGCUCCUCACCCCCCUGACAGCACCAACGCACAAGCAGCCAGUGCAGCCCGCAGAAGCAGCGCCAGCGCUGCAUGUGGGUGCAGUGGCAGCAGCGGUGGGCGCUGAGCUGGCGCGGGUGGUGGGGCGUGCUUCGCCGUGGGAUGCUGCUGGGGGCGCCGCGAGAGUGCAGCACUUGGCCCGGGCCAUGCGGGCUGUGGUGAGGCGCAGGCGAGGAGAGGGAGGAGUGAUUGGAGAGAAAGGAGAGAGGGGAGAGAGAGGAGAGAGAGUAGAUAGAGGAGAGAGCGGAGAGAGGAGAGAGCAAGGAGAGCAAGGAGAGCAAGGAGAGGGAGGAGAGGGAGGAGAGACAAGGGAGAGGGGGAAGAGAGGAGAGGGAGGAGGGAGAGGAGAGGGAGGAUUGGGAGGAGAGGGGGAAGAAAAUGGAGGUAAAGGAGAGGUGGAAACGGGAGGAGCGAACGGUGAGGGAAAUGGUGGAGAGAGGGAUAGUGGCAAGGGAGGGAAGGGAGAGGAAGAGGGGCCAAACGGGAUUGGGGAAGGGGGUAUGCAGGCUGGGGCAAUGGCAGGUGAAGAAGCACGGAAAGCAAGGGCAGGGAACCGUGGUGAGCUGUUAGGCGACUCUGAUGCUGCUGGUUCUGGUGGUGGUUCAGGUGCUGCUGCUGCUUGUGGUGCUGAUGGCGCUCGUGUCGCUGAUGCUGUUGGUAGUGCUGGUGGUGAUGGUGCCGGUGGUGCUGGUGCUGGUGAUGGGGGCUUGGGUCAGGAAGGGGCGGAGGGGAGGCACGAGGCAGCACAGCAAGGCGGGCAUGGGGCUGCUGCUGCACCGGACACGGGUGCUGCCAUGGACACUGAGAGUGCUGGCCAUGACACCACGCACAUGGAGGUGCAUGUCCCGCAGCAACCCCAGGCUUCCCUGUAUGCACCUCUGUCUUCCCUUCAACCACAGCAGCAGCAGCAGCAGCAGCAGCCCAGCACCGAAAAUCACCCUCCGCCACUGCCAUCCAUCACCGUCACUGCACCCGUACCCGCUGCCCCCCCGGCACAGGGCAGGGCAGCAUGGGGGGGGCGGUGGGGAAUGGAGGGGGCAGUGGUGGCGGGGUCAGAGCGGUGGGGCGAGGAGGAGGCAGGGCGUGUGAUGGCGGAGGUGGCAGCGGGGCAUGGCACCAUGGUGUUGCUCCGGGAUGAACAGCAGCGCAUGGCAGCAGCUGUGGCGGCCAUGCACAUGGCGUAUGGCAUUGAGGCGCCACCACAUGGCGGGGAUGGCUCAGAGGCUAGUGAUCAGUCAAUCAAGCAAGGCCACGCAACGCUGUCCGCAGCCCAUCCCACUCACCCAGUGCUGCUGCUGCCAUGCAUGCUGGAGCUGCCAGUGCUGCCCUGCGCCGUGUGCACGCGCCCUGUCUCCUCGCGCACUGCUCUCAUCUGCGACACCUGCGACCGCCCCAUUCACACCCGCUGCCUCGCCACCUCCCCCGCUGCUGUCACCGGGAGGGGCAGAGGCAGGAGCCGGGGCAGGGGGCGGGGGCGGGGGCGGGGGCGAGGGAGGGGGGGGUGGCAAGCAGCGGUGGGGGAGAGUGUGGUGGAGGAGUGGCACUGUGGUGCGUGCAGGGCCCAGCGUGAGGCCAGUGGUCAGGUGGUUCUACCCAAGUAUGGGCCGCUUAGGGCACGGGGUGAUGCUCGUGCUGCUCAGGGUGCUGCUCAGGGUGCUGCUCAGGGCGUUGCUCAGGGUGCUGCUCAGGGUGCUGCUCAGGGUGCUGCUCAGGGCACAGCACCAUCCACUGCUGAGCGGGCUGAGAUAAGUGGGGGGAAGAGCACAGUUGAGUAG